UACAGUUUUGAUCUUAACCAACAAUAAUAUACAAGACAGAAUGGAGCCAUUAAUGGCCUCUUCAAGAUUUGUUUUCUUCCUCUCUCCCAUUCUGUUACUAAUAAGUUCUCAAUCCCUUGCUCAGCCUGAGUUUCCAAGCCAUGACUGUUUCAACGAGAAAGGCAACUAUACCACAGGCAGCACCUACCAAACAAACCUUAACACCCUUCUCUCUUCUCUUUCUUCCCCCUCCAACAACGGCAAUGGCUACGGCUUCUACAACUCCUCCUUUGGAGAAAAUGCCGACCAGGUCCACGCAAUCGCGCUAUGUCGAGGCGAUGUCAUGGCGGACACUUGCCGUGGCUGCCUCAGUAACUCCACAAAAAAGCUCACACAGGUCUGUCCCAAUCAGAAGGAAGCUAUCGGCUUUUACGACGAGUGCAUGUUGCGCUACGCAAACCGCUCCAUCUACGGCGCCAUGGAAAAGGACCCUGUUUUCCCGUUGUGGUGGAACAUACACAACCUGUCGUCCUCCGACGUCGACGGGUUUUUUCAAGAGAUGAGGAAGCUGCUGAAAGACCUAAGUGGUCAAGCUGCGGCGAACGGUUCUCUUCGGAAGUUCGCGGUAGGGAACAAAAACGCUCCCAAUUUCCAACCAAUAUAUGGACUUGCGCAGUGCACGCCGGAUUUGGCCGAGCAGGCCUGCAGUGAAUGCUUGGAUGCUGCUAUGGGAGAGAUCACAGCAUAUUGUGAGAGGAAGCAAGGUUGUAGAGUUCAGAACCCCAGCUGUACCGUUAGGUAUGAAGUCAAUCGCUUCUAUGACCCUACAACUGUGGUGCCGUUGCCGUCACCCCCGCCACCACUGUCUAGUCCUCUUCCACCAUCAACCAGUACAGGAGGAUCGAAGAGUCGUAGAUCUCGGACUGUCAUCAUUAUUGUUGUGCCAAUUAUUGUUUCUGUGGUACUAAUAGUUAUAUUCUUCUGCAUUUGUUUAAGAGUAAGGAGGACAAAGAAAAAACUUGAAACUAAGAAGUUACUUCCAAGCAGCGACGAUACAGAUGAAAUUGGAUCUGCAGAAUCCUUGCAAUUUGACUUGGCCACCAUUAGAGAUUCUACAGAUGACUUUUCUGAAGCAAAUAAACUUGGACAAGGCGGAUUUGGAUCUGUUUACAGGGGUAGGCUUCUCAAUGGAGAAGAUAUAGCCGUAAAAAGGCUCGCUACAAAUUCUGUUCAAGGAGAUUUAGAAUUCAAAAAUGAGGUCUUGUUAGUGGCUAAACUUCAACACCGGAAUUUAGUUAGACUCUUAGGUUUCUGCUUAGAAGGAAGUGAGCGGCUUCUUGUCUAUGAAUUUGUCCCUAAUGCAAGUCUCGAUCACAUCAUAUUUGACCCAACAAAGCGUGCACACCUAGAUUGGGUGAGGCGCUACAAAAUCAUAGUAGGCACUGCUCGAGGCCUCCUUUACCUCCACGAAGACUCUCGCCUUAGAAUUAUUCAUCGUGAUCUCAAAGCUAGUAACAUCUUGAUAGAUGCAGAAAUGAACCCCAAAAUUUCAGAUUUUGGCAUGGCAAGGUUGUUCGUGCUUGAUCAAACGCAAGGCAAUACUAGUCGGAUUGUUGGGACCUAUGGGUAUAUGGCUCCAGAGUAUGCAAUGUGUGGGCACUUUUCAGUUAAGUCCGAUGUCUACAGUUUUGGUGUGUUAGUUCUAGAGAUAGUCAGUGGACAAAAAAAUAGUGGCUUCCAGCAUGGAGAAAAUGCAGAGGAUCUUCUAAGCUUCGCCUGGAGAAGUUGGAGGGAUGGGACAGCUUCAAAUCUAAUAGAUCCCACAUUGAAUACUGGUUCAAGAACAGAAAUAAUGAGAUGCAUCCACAUUGGAUUAUUAUGUGUGCAAGAAAAUGUGGCUGAUAGGCCAACCAUGGCAUCUGUUAUUCUCAUGACGAAUAGCUACUCCCUCACUCUCCCAGUGCCCUCCCAACCUGCAUUUUAUUUGCACAGCAGCAUUGGAUCGGACAUGCCGUUACGAUCUGAAUAUAAUUCAGAUCGAUCGAAGAGUAACCCUGUCAAAGUAAUGGAAUAUGAGACUUUUACUGAACCACAUCCUCGCUAGUGGAAUAUGAGGCUUUCUGAAAUUGUAAUGUAAUUUAUUAAAUAAAUGUAGUUAUCUAUUUGUAAA